AUGCUCUUUUUUUGUGGUUACAUUUUAAAUUGCAGCUAUAAGGAUUUGAUCAAGAAAAUGGAGGAGCAGCUGGAGUUGAAAGAAAUCCCACCGGUCAGCAAACCUCUGGAAACAGAUCCGCAAUAUAGAUUGAUCGUCGAGCUUUCUGGACUGGCAGCAGAAGUCGAUCAGGAAUUGAAUGUUAUUCAUAAAUUUGUGCGUGACAAAUACGAUAAACGAUUUCCCGAAUUGGAAUCACUGGUCCCAAAUGCUUUGGAAUAUAUCGCUACUGUAAAACUGCUUGGCAAUGAUAUCUCAACAAAAGGCCAAAAUAAGCAAAUUCUGAGUGAAAUCUUGGCACCGGCGACUUGUAUUGUAGUUAGCGUGACAGCAUCUACAACCCAAGGGAAAGCGUUGGAGCCGGACGAGUUGGCAGCAGUCCAAGAAGCAUGCGAUAUGGCCGAGAAGCUGCACACCGAUCGCCUGAACAUGUAUCAGCUAGUUGAGUCACGAAUGUCACUGAUUGCACCAAAUCUUUGCGAAAUUUUGGGAGCGGGAACAGCAGCUAUGAUUGUUGCCAAAGCCGGAGGACUUGCCCCUUUGGCGCGCCUUCCUGCUUGCAAUGUUUUAAUACUUGGCGCACAGAAGAAAACUUUGAGCGGAUUCAGUUCAACGGCAGUAUUACCGCACGCUGGUUUUCUCUUCUUUCAUCCUAUUGUGCAAGGAGUACCACCGGAUUUCAGACAAAAAGCAGCUCGAUUACUGGCGGCGAAAACAACACUGGCUGCUCGUGUCGAUUUCAUACACGAAUCUUCGGAUGGUGCAAUUGGAAAAAAUUUAUUCGAACAGAUCAAGCAAAAAAUAGAAAAAAUGUUGGAGCCUCCACCAGUCAAAGCUGCCAAACCCCUGCCAAAACCCCUGGAUAAGGCCAGCAAGAAACGAGGAGGACGGCGGGUACGAAAAAUGAAAGAACGAUUGGGCAUGACUGAACUGCGGCGAAAAUCGAAUCGAAUGAAUUUCGGUGAACUAAGCGAAGAUGUGAUACAGGAAAACAUGGGAUUCUCACUUGGUCAAGCACUCAGCGGCCCGUCUUCGGGAGGCCGCAUUAGGAACGCAACGGUCGACCCAAAAACAAGAGCCAGGAUGUCGCAAAAACUUCAAAAAACAAUGGAACGCCAGAGAGCAAUGGGUGGUGUGACUUCGGUUCGAUCACGUGCAGCCGGCACAGCUUCCAGUGUUACCUUCACUCCUGUACAGGGCCUGGAAAUAGUGAAUCCGAUGGUGAAGCCCGAGCGUGUCGGAUCCUCUUCAACAACAUAUUUUUCAUCAUCCGCUGCUUUUGUCAAAGUUCGAACUCCAGUGCAACGAGCUUAA